AAUUGACACGUGGACGGACCAUUCCCUGUUGGCGAGAGAGGGGGCGUAAGCAUCAUUGUUGGGGCCAAAACUGUCAUUCUAGUUUCGACUAUAAACAGGCCCUUCUUUUUCUCCUCCCUUUCCUCUCCUCGCUCUUCUCUGUUUCUCUCGACAGCCCUUCGUUUCCUUCCGCAAUGGCAGCAUCUCCUCCCUGUUCGUGAACGCCUCUCCAUCUGCGAUGCCUCGGAAGUCAGAAGAACUAUGAAUUCUUGUGAUCACUGAUACUUGGUGUGCCUGAUUCAUCACUGUUGGUACUCUGUGUGUCCAUUGCUUGUUAAGUCCUCCCACCAUGAGCGACGAAAGUGUGAAGAUGACAGGGAUCUGGCAGAUAGUAAGACUCAGAGAGAUGCUGCAUAAAUGGCAAUUGGUUGCCCUCAGUAAAAAGGAGGAGCAACCAUGUUCAUCUGGUAUUCCCCCUUCUGUCGACAAGCGCCUAAAGAAUGUGUUGUCCCAAUGUGACUCAGAUGAAGAGAGCUGCCAAAGCCCGCAACCCCCACCUGAUGUCCCCAAGGGUCACUGCCCGGUCUACAUAGGACCAGAGCAGCGGAGGUUCGUCAUACCGACAAGUUACCUGAGCCUUCCAGUGUUUAAACUGCUCCUAGAGAAGGCUGAGGAGGAGUUUGGAUUUGAUCAUCAGGGCGCGCUCAUGAUCCCUUGUGAGGUGGAAACUUUCAAGUAUAUUCUCCUCUGCAUGGAAAGAUAUAAAAAGGGCCUCAUUGAUGAUGAAGGAAAUCCAACAGGCUUAGAGGAAUAGUACUACUUGGACUUGUUUGCAUUCUGCAGUGUCGAAGGCCUGAUUCAUUUACAGCUAAGUGGUUGCCUUCUGAUCAAAGAUAGAGAUUUCGUUUUUGCUAAGACAAAUUUGUUGGAAUCCUAUGUACUCAGUGUAUUGCGUGUAAGGAUUUGAGGUUCAACCCUUUCUGUUUUCCUUCUUCUUCCCUUCUUUUCCUUAUGAAUCAAUGGGUUUGCUGUACUGGUUCUUUACAGUCUCGAGAAAUGAUUCUGUUAACAUGUGACUAUUGUGAUCCUUGGUUUCGAUUAAUCCACUUUUGUUGGUUAUUACA